AUCACCUCACUUCAUAACAUAGCAAUAGCAACUGUGAAGCUCUAUCUGGUCCAGCAUGGCGAGCUCACCAACGCCGACGAUCCUGACGGUCCUGGCUCUUGGGCUAGCCCUCCUCUGUGCCGCAGGCCCGGCCGCCGCGCAGAACUGUGGCUGUCAGCCAGGCUAUUGCUGCAGCAAGUAUGGUUACUGCGGCACGACCAGCGCCUACUGCGGCGACGGGUGCCAGUCGGGCCCAUGCUCCUCGGGGGGCGGCAGCGGGGGCAGCGGGGGCAGCGGCGCCUCCGUUGACAACGUCGUCACCGAGUCGUUCUUCAACGGCAUCAAGUCCCAGGCCGGCAACGGGUGCGAGGGCAAGAGCUUCUACACGCGAAGCGCGUUCCUGAACGCCGUUCGAGCGUACCCGGGCUUCGCGCACGGCGGCUCCGAGGUCGAAGGCAAGCGCGAGAUCGCCGCCUUCUUCGCACACGUCACGCACGAGACCGGACAUUUCUGCUACAUCAACGAGAUCAACGGGGCGAGCCACAACUACUGCGACGCUGGAAACAAGCAGUGGCCGUGCGUCCCGGGGAAGGCGUACUACGGCCGCGGCCCGCUGCAGAUCUCGUGGAACUACAACUACGGGCCGGCGGGGAAGAGCAUCGGCUUCGACGGGCUGGGGAACCCGGACAAGGUGGCGCAGGACCCCGUGGUGUCGUUCAAGACGGCGCUUUGGUUCUGGAUGAACAACGUGCACCAGGUGAUGCCCCAGGGGUUCGGCGCGACGAUCAGGGCCAUCAACGGCGCGCUCGAGUGCAACGGGAAGAACACCGCCCAGAUGAACGCGCGGGUGGGCUACUACAAGCAAUACUGCCAGCAGUUCGGCGUCGACCCGGGGAACAACCUCACCUGCUAGAGCUGCUGCUCCGUUCAUGCAUGGAGACAGCAUGCAUUCGUGAAGAAUAAGUGCUCGACGUCGCACGCAUGCAGCAUGUACUAGUAAUAUAACAAAUAAAAUGCAGGGGAUAGACCCGUCGAUUCGACCUGAUGAUGCAAGUGUCGACAGCCCAAAUAAUGAACGAAGUUACUAAUUAAA